GGCUGCGAGUCGAUUGACAACAGUCAUGUGCGAGCUCCACAAAGGCCUCUUUCUCUUGUCAUUUCUCACUGUGUCCACGCUUUCUGUGGCAAAAAGAGAGUUUUACAUUGACUAUGAAAACGAUCAAUUUGUAAAAGAUGGCGAACCUUUUAAGUACGUCUCGGGUUCAUUUCAUUACUUUCGUACUCCGUCUGUGUACUGGAGGGACAGGCUGAGAAAAAUGAAACAGGCCGGGCUGAACGCCGUCUCUACGUAUGUUGAAUGGCGCUCGCACGAGACACUGCCUGGGAAAUAUGAUUUUUCUGGAGAUUUGGAUUUGGAGAAUUUUUUAAAAACUGCCCAAGAGGAGGGUCUUUUGGUGCUGCUUAGGCCGGGUCCUUAUAUUUGCGCUGAAAGGGACUUUGGUGGACUUCCUUCAUGGCUGAUGCAUGUUAAUCCAAAAAUGAAGCUAAGGACCAGGGAUGUUUCUUACAUGGGCUACGUGAGGCGGUGGUUUACCGUUUUGUUUAGCAGAAUUUCACCGUAUUUUUAUGGUAAUGGUGGUCCAAUAAUUAUGGUUCAGGUUGAAAAUGAGUACGGCAGUUAUCCUGCCUGUGAUUUGGAGUACAUCAAAGACCUACGAGAUAUCCUUCAAUGGCACACUGGAAAAUCGGCGGUUUUGUAUUCUACAGAUGGCAAUUCAGCGUCAUACAUGAAGUGCAGCAAAGUUGACGGUGUUUAUGCCACAGUCGAUUUUGGAACAGGAGCCAACGUGAGUGCCUCAUUUCUUGAAAUGAAGGUGCACGAACCAACGGGCCCGCUGGUCAACUCAGAAUUUUAUCCUGGCUGGUUGGACCACUGGGCUGAAAAGCACAAUACCGUCAGCACUGUUCACGUUAUUCAAACCUUGGAGGAAAUGUUCAAAUACAACGCCUCAGUAAACUUUUACAUGUUUUACGGUGGCACAAACUUUGGUUUCACAGCAGGUGCAAAUUUUGACGGGUUUUUUUAUCCACAAUUGACUUCCUACGAUUAUGAUGCACCUCUCACAGAGGCUGGCGAUCCCACAGCAAAAUACAUGGCCAUCAGGGCUGCCGUAAAUAAUUAUUUGGGCCAACCCCCUUCGAAAGACGUGCCAGUUGUUUCACCAAAAGGCAGUUAUGGGAACAUUGAUUUGAAAUAUUUGGGAAGCAUUUUUGAUCUCUGCCCAUCAAAAGUACCAAUUAAAAGUGAAUACCCACUUUCAUUUGAACAGCUGAUGCAGUCCGAUGGAUACGUUUUAUAUAAAACUGUGAUCACCAAAUGCUACGCUGACCCUGCCCAGCUGGUAGCAAAAAAUCUCAACGAUCGCGGCAACGUUUUUGUCAAUAAAGAACGCGUUGGAAUUUUAAGUAGAAUAAAUGACAUCAAUUCUAUGCCCAUAUCUGUGCAACCAGGAGACGAGUUGGAAAUUCUGGUUGAAAAUCAGGGUAGAAUUAACUACGGGGGCAAACUGAAAGACUUCAAGGGAAUGACCGGAAAUAUCACCAUAGAGAAGGACAUUUUAAAAUUCUGGAGCAUGCUGCAAUUCCCGUUCCAAAGCUACGGUGACGAUUUAGAUGCGAUUUACAAGGCGAUAGAAACCCAUAAUUCAGUUUCUGCUACAUCAAAAAAUUUGCCUUCGAUUUUCUGGGCAGAUUUUCAAAUUCAAAACACCACACAAAUAAGGGACACUUUCUUAGAUACUAAAGGAUGGUCCAAGGGCAUCGCAUUCAUUAAUGGAUUUAAUUUGGGUCGUUUUUGGCCGAGAGUUGGACCACAACGGACUCUUUACCUGCCAGGAAAUCUUCUGAAUGCAAAUUCAGUCAACCGACUGGUGAUAAUCGAGUUCGACCGUGUGCCACCUGGUUGCAUUGAUAAAGAGCUGAACAAAGGCUGCUUCGUCUCAUUAAGAGAUGAGCCAGUUCUUAAUGCGCUUUGCCAGAGCAACGAAGUUAAAUGAACAGCGCACGCUUUCCACGAGACCCUUAAAUUUCAUUGCCUAUUAACGCACAAAAUAAAUCGGAUCAGGCUGAUAUCAGCCGUGAUGAAAAAUGCAUCUCUUUUUUUCCACUUAAGGAAGGCGGCGGCUUUCAUAAAAAUGAGAAAAGAAAUACGACCGACAGGAAUUUCUGCUCCGCAUUUGAUAUUUUUGAAUUAGUCGGAG